AUGGGUAGAAGAAAAAUCGAAAUCCAACCUUUAUCGGAUGAUCGUAAUCGAACUGUUACAUUUGUAAAACGUAAAGCGGGACUAUUUAAAAAGGCGCACGAGUUGGCAGUUUUAUGUCAAGUGGAUCUAUCAGUCAUCAUAGUGGGGAGUAAUAACAAGAUUUAUGAGUAUUCAACUGUCGAUACUAAAGAGAUUUUCAAUUCUUAUGAAAAGACUAUAAAGACAAGGAAACAUGUACAUGAGGCAAAAUCACCUGAAAAUUAUCUGAUCUAUCGCAAGAAACGCCAUCUACACGAACCACUAACUGAUAAAAAGGGACGUGUGGUGGGAACCUCUGCGCAUUUGAAUGAUGAUGAUGAUGAAGAUCAUGAUAUGCUGGGUGAGGAUGAGUACGAAGAUGAUGACGAUGAAGGCGAAGAUACAUCAGAAGGAGAACUGGCAACACGUUCGAGAAAGAGACAACGUGGUAAUCAUCAAUCCACAACUUAUCUCAACAAUAGUCGGAAUCCAAAAGUUUUCAACAGCAAAAGUUCACCCCCUCCACCACCACCAACACAAAUAUCAUUGACCAACGUUCCUCCUUUUAACAAGUACAAGAAACCAAGUAUCACGGUCUCUAGUCACCUGCGGAGUCUGCCACUGCUGCUACUGCAAAGAAAUACUCCAUCGCCAAACACCAGCAGAAGGGAAAACUCUUCACGACCUGUGUUGCGUGUGCAAAUACCCACUGAUGCAAAGGGGAAUCAAACCAAAUCAGGAACAUUUAACUUGGAUAUAAAGGAAACAGGAAGUACUGAUACUGCUCGAACUGUAACAGCAAUUGAGAAUACUAGCUCAUCAGUGAAUCAUUCAUCGACUAAUCACACUGGAGUUAGUGGUAGUACAAGUGGCAGUCACCAUGGAAUUGGCCAUGUUCAACAUACAAUACAUCUAGGUGAUGGAGAUAUAGUCCAUAACACUUCAAACAACAAGUAUGGAGCUGCAAGUCAUUUAAUGCGCACGCAAACCCCAUCUUCAAAGUUUAGUUCAUAUUCAUCGUUCCGAUCUCCUGAUUCAAGGAAGCCGACAUUGCCUUUACCUAUCAAUUCCAAAUCCCAAACUUCGUCGCCAGCAAGUGCUACUUAUCCAGGACUCCCCAACCCUUUAAGUCAAUCAGGAGGAGGAAGUAGUGGCGGUAAUAGUAGAAGCAGUAGUGGUAGCAAUGUCAACACUUCUCAGAUUGGUGAGAACAUGACAAUGGGAGAACGACAGAAUAAUGAUCCAGGUAAUAACAACAAUAAUAAUAGUGGCAUUAUGACUGCUGACAACAACAACAUAUUUUCACCUUCGGGGAUGAGUCUUAAUUCGGGAACCUUCUAUGCGAUAAACCAGGGAUCAGCUAACAACCCAUACGUCAAUUAUUCGAUACAGGGAUUUAACCAGCAGUAUCAACAGUAUAGUCAGAGUAAUCAUAACCAGCAAAAUCUGCAGCUGCAACUGCCACAGCCACAACAACAGCAACAGCAACAGCAACAGCAACAGCAACAUACACAGGCAUAUCUGCAACACCUGCACCCCCUACUGCAGCUGCUGGCGUUGCCACAAAGUGCUGUGAUCACUAGUGAUCUGCAGGGACAGCUCCCUUCAGCUCAUGCACCAGAUUCCGCAAUGAGGAUCCGUCCACUGAUACCGUUCUUGCCGCAACAAGGUCAACCGAAUCUGCAACUGCAAAACUUUAGUAAUAAUAGUGGAAAUACUUACAAUGGAGAACAAACACCAGUCUCAGCCUUGCCGUCACGCUAUGUCAACGACAUGUUCCCUUUCCCAUCGCCAUCUAAUUUCAUGGCUCCUCAAGAUUGGUCAACAGGAAUGACGCCUACAACAACUCAGGCACCACAGUUUUUCAUGAAUAUGAUGCCAUUGAAUAGUGGCGGCGGGUACAAUUCACAGUAUCAGCAGCAAUCUCAGCAGCAAUCUCAAUCGCAUCAACCUAACAAACCAUCUUAUACGGAGGAAAAAGACAGAAACAAUGUAGUAAGGUACACAGAGCAGACCCAGCCUUCAAAGGGUGCGGGACGCCAGACAGCCGGUACUACAUCAAUAAGAGAAGCAUCAUUUGGUGCCAUUGUUGAAGAAGACGAGAAUGCUAGUGGUAGCGGCAAUCCUAGUAGCAGUGCACCUACAAACGUUGACGAUGGUAGCAAAGUUUCGAGCCACAUUACUACUGAAGCAACAUCUACAGGUGUGCCAUCUGACGUUUAG